AUGGCAUGGCUGAGAUUUUCAAUUAUACUACUACUGAACAUGUGCGUUUUGAUUGCACACUCUUCGCCCAUCGAGGCGGAUGCUCCGUUGACUAUGCAAGUAGCAAGAAGUGCAGCAGAUGCCACAUAUGCAGUAACAGUCAACCUAACAUCAAGUCAGCACUCUUGUGACGUACGGUUUCUCAGUGUAGCGAUAGGAUCGAGGAGGAUCACCUUAGACUGGAACGGAUCAGAGAAGCUGCUCAAUUUGGCCUCGGCCCUUUCGCCUGCAGAUCUUCGUCUGGGAGGAACUUCGGCAAACUUCCUACAUUUUGAUCCCACUGAAAGGCCCGGUACACGCGACAGAUUUUACACAUCUUCACACAAGACUCCAUUCACUGUCACAGCACGACAGUGGGAUUUGUUUGUGUCCUUUUUACGAAAAGCUGGAUUGGAUUUGUUGUUUAACGUUAAUAAUCUCAUGUGGACAAAGGAUGGAUCGUGGGACCCUUCUAACGCUGAUAAAUUGCUGAACUAUUCCUCGGCUAAAGGGGUUCAAAUCCCGUAUUUCCAGCUAGGAAAUGAACCGAGCUCGUAUCAGAGGAAUUUUUACAUCAACCGAUCUCCCCAAAAAUUGGUACAAGACUACAGAACACUGAAGAACCUCCUGGCCAAGUACCCGCUGUAUGCAGGCAGCAAACUGAAUGGACCUGACGUUGCCAACGUGGCUACAAGCUACAAAGCUAGAGUUUAUCUGCAGGAAUUUGUUGCCGCUGGAGCCAAUGAUAUUGUCGAUGAACUCAGCAUUCACCAUUAUUAUAUGGACAGUCGCAAAGCCAGAAUGGAGGAUUUCAUCAGUCCGACAUGGAUGAACUACCUCAAGCAUGACUUAGCUCAUGCACAGACUAUCUCUAGGUCAAGUCCUCGCCCAAAGCCUGUUACUCUCACGGAAACAGCAUCCUGUUCCAAUGGUGGUGCUUCAGGUCUCUCUGACCGUUAUAUUGCGGGAUUUUUAUGGCUGGAUAAACUGGGCCUGGCUGCCCAGUCAGGUGUGACUAGGGUGUUCAGACAAACCUUCCUGGGCGGAUAUUAUGCCCUGAUAUCAAACAGGCACGACCCACAUCCAGACUUUUACCUCUCCGUCUUGUACAAGCAACUCAUUGAGGGUCCGGUGUUCAACCUCAACAUCAGUCCUCCGAAUCCCCAACUACGUGUAUAUGCACACUGCGCUCGAACACUCCUAUACUUACCUGGGGCGAUCGUUGUUUACUACCUGAACCUAGAGAAGUCGCAGACAGUUUUGUCACUGUCCCAGUUUCAGGCGAAUGACCUUCACCUCUACCAGCUGACUCCAGGAGAUACGAGUGGACUGACCUCCAAAUACGUUAAACUCAACGGGCAAACAUUGAUGAUGUCGGGGACAAAGUUGCCUACAUUGUUACCAAGACUACAAACAGGGGAUGUUACUUUAGAAGCCCUCUCUUUUGGUUUCAUAGUUGUCCCCCAUGCUAAUGUUUCCCUUUGUGUGGAAUACUUCCAAAGGGACCCCUAG